AUGGCUGUAGACCCGAUGGCUGUGGCUCCUGGCCACUCGCUGGGCUUCAUCACACUCGGCGCUUCGUUGCAAUCCGUCCUCACUACGAUCAAGCAAGACAAGGCCCAGUUCCCCGCCAUCGACCUGGCCAUAUCCUCCGCGACCCCUUUGACCACGCCCGUAAUAGUCACCCUUCCUCACAACGGUAUUCGCCUGCGAUUUGAUGCCACCGACCAGAGGCUACGUCUCAUCGAGCUGCUCGACUUCACCAAGACCAGACUCACCUACAAAGGAAGCGAACUUGUAAAGAAGCAGGAAGAUGGCUCGUCGGCUACAUUCAAGCGUAUAUAUCAGCUGUUCGGGGCUUCAUAUCCAGGCGAAUAUCUUGCUCCCAAGACUGGUCGUACGGGUACAUACGUCUUAUCGUGGCCAGGCAUCGCCUUCAACUUUCCCCUCCAGCAUUCAGCUUGGGCUCCAGACAAGGAUCAUGUCUCCCUUCUCGGCUCUCAGGCAGCAUCUGCAGCUACUCAAAUGGCUGUCUUCGAAGGCAACAGUUGGCCAGAAACAAGAAGUACUCUUUUCGUAAAGACACCGUCCGGUCCACGUCAGCCUGCAAUCUCCAGCCAGCCGCGCGACGUACUCCCGCCAGAGAUCGAGCUUGCGUCUGUACAAGGUGCCGGCAAGGUUACAUUCAUUCGACGUUCACCUGCCGCACCAUUCGACAUCAUAUUGAACCAGACCACCGCACAGGACUUGAUCACCGAGCUGGGACCGCCAGACGCCACUCAUCAACGAGACCAGCAAGUUUUCCAGGAUGAUACGACUCAUCCACGACCAAGGACUAACUCUAGAUCUCUCUCAAACGGGAGGCCCCACCCUACACCGCCGUCCAGCUAUUCCUCAACUGGGACAGACACUUUCGAUACAGACUUUGACUCGGGAGAUGCUGAAGAUGAAAUGGCGGAGAGGAUUGGAAGGGAAACGUUCUGGUGCUAUUUUGGCCAUGGUGUGGACAUAUUACUUGGCCCUCCCAGCGACCAGGCAUCUAUGGAGGACACCGGUGCCAACCCUACACCACUUUCGUCCAGUCCACAUCUGGUCGUGCUGAAAAUCGUCCUACAUGGCAACAUACCUGGUAGCUAUGCGUUCAACCGACACCGUCGUCUACGGUGGACUAUCGAGCUUCGCGAUGCCAGCUCUGUUCUGAGCUCUGAACACCCCUUCGACGACAUCAAACCUGACCUGAUGCAAGCCUUCCACAACGUUUGGCCAGAAUCGGAGAUGGGACGAGGGAAGGUCGUCAACAGAACUUGGGGUGCAGAUCCGAGCGACAGCAGUUUCUUCUUGCCUGACGAGGAGCAGGAUCUAGUGGAAACAGGCAGCAGCAGCGAGCAGUGGCUCGGUAACACCAAGCUGUAUUCGUUCCCUGGAUUGACGUUCGAAGUGUUGACGAACGGGGCCAUCAGUGCACUUACGGUGUCUUGA